GUUGAAUCUUAAUUUAACUUAUAGAUUGAGAUCAAACAAAACGUUCUCGCUCCGACGAAGAAAUGGCUUCGUCUUCUCAUUGUUUCUUGAUCGUUUCAGUGGCACUUCUAUUGCAAGUUCUCGUAUCCCCUGUUUCGGCAUUAACCUUAACCUCCACAAAAUACAUCGAUAAAUUAUGCCAGAUGCCAUUGGUCGACAAUAAACCCUUCUGUUUGCAAACAUUGAGUGCCUAUCCUCCUGCGGCUUCUGCCACUGGCUUGCUCCCACUUGCGUCAGCCGUGAUCCGCGGCAUUGUCCUACCCCAAGCCAAGAAGUCGGCGAGUUUUGCAGAUGAAGCAGCAAAAAAGGAGCCGAACUUGAAGACACAGUUCCAGACGUGCAAAGAGGCCUAUGAAAGUAUUGGAGAUUCUCUCAUGAGCGCUCUUGAAGAACUAAAGCGCUCUCCAAAUGUCGCAACCUAUGAUGUAAUGACUUGUACCGACCACACAAGCCAAGUGAAGAAUUUGGUCGGUAAAAACAGAGACGUGGCUUCGAAGACUCUCAUAGAGAUGACAAUGCAAAUGGAGAAGCUCCUUCCUCUCGCUAUUGGAUCCACACAAGUUGUUGGCGGGUGAAGACGAAGAUGAUAAUAUAUACCAUCGUACUUA